AUGAACAACAUUCCCUAUGAAAUAUGUAUCAUGAAUGAUCCGACUCAAAUGACCCAACUCCAAAAAAGGAAAAAAAGAGAAUUGUACCGAAAAAUUCUAACUGUAACACAAGGGCAAAUCGAGUGCAGAAGUAGGAACAGCAAAGAAUCAGAUGAACUGAUGCAAGAAGCUUUAAAUGUGGCGUGGACCUUAGAUGACUGGGGGCGGCCGCGAAGUUCCUGGGGAUAUCCAAACAAAACAGCUGGGAAAUGUUCAACGAAUAACCGUGUACCAUAUUGUUACCCCUCCUUAGUGAAAAAAGGUAAGUCAAGAUGGGAAGGGCUGAAUGAAUGGUUAAAUAAAGUGUUAAUAGGAUCAAAAGAGGACCAGUGGGACAAGGAAUUCAACCCCACUAUAAGCUCAGGGAUUAAGGAUAAUGACAAAAACGAGUUCAACUGGGGUCAGAUAGUGGAUAAGAUCAUUGACAAAAUACAAGGAAACCAACUAGUAACAACUCAUGAAGAUCACAAGAACAGGAUAUGGACAGGACAGGAGUGGAAUGCAGUAUUAAAUGAAGAUACAAUCUCAACUGUAGCCUGGCAUGACACAAAGGAUGGCAAAAAACUUCUCAUACUCAUAGUAUGUAUUUUUACUGGAUUAAUCGAUUCACUGACUGAAGGCAGCAACAAAUAUCCAGGAAGGAGGAAGAUGUGCGACCAUGUCGACAAUGCAUUAAGGAAUUCUCGGAACAAGUGGAAGAGUUGGUUUGGGAACAGCGGCCCCCCCCCAGGGAAAGCAACAACAGAAUGCAUAAAAGGGGAAAUAGGAGGCAGGUGCAACGAUGCAGCUAUGAGUUUAGUCCUAACAGUAUAUACAGGAAUGAGCCUAUUCUGUCCAGAAUGUGGGCCAUAUUAUAUCGACAGAUGGGUUACAGAUUCUGGAACUGAGGAACCCAAAUCAAAGUGGUACUAUUGUGGAGUAGAAGAUAACAAACUACAAUGUGAUAACAAAGGAGAGAAGGAUGAAAAAUCCCGUAAAUUAUGGAUGAGCCCCAAGAACAAAUUGGGUUCCGACUGUCGGCCUAAUUGUACUCAAGGAAACCAAGCAUCAAUAUCCGGAGAGGAACAAUCCACUAAAAUAAAAGGAGUAGAGAUGACUGCCAGGAGCUUCCCCGGAGCCGGGAGACAGCCGGACGACCCCAACAAGAAUACAACGUUAAAAAAUCAGCCUGAAUCAAAAAGAUUGGGGACAACUAAGCGCCUAUCCACUGUCUCAGAUACCCCCAUAGGACGAACUUAUCAAACUCAAAGGGAUGACAACCGGAGCCCCUCCCCAUCGUCCAACAGUGGCGCAAGGUUAACCGAAGCGAGGGAACAGCAGUCAAGCACAUCGCAAGUGGACCAAAAGAAGCCAGGAGAAAGUCGAAACCAGGGCAUAUCCCCGUUAGGGGGACAACGCAACGAGGCAGUGACAGACAACUCAGCAAUAACGAGGAAGGAAGCGAAGUCAGGUCAGGAGGGUGUAGGACUCUACAGCAUUAUAGGUGGUAUAAUUGGCGUUCUAUUACUAGGCCUGGCGGGGGCCUAUGGGAUAUUUAGAAUUUGGGGCCCCCAGAGGAGUCGGGGCAGGAAGAAAAGAGCCUUCGGAGGAAGAGACACGAUGAGUUAUGGUGACAGAAGCAACUCAGGAGGGGACAAGAUCAAUAUUUCAGUCCUUCCUGUUGCGGCAUAG